GGGAUGUAAACAAAACCACGUGAGUCGAUCCCAGCUGAUGUCUCCGUCAAGUUGAAAUUGCAGUAUUAUUGCUGUUAUUGCCUUUUUCUGGAUGACAGGUUCAAGAUGGAGUUGGAUCGGUAUCUUAUAUGGUUGGUCGAUUCUCUGAAAGCUUCUCUUGAUGAUGACACAGUAAACCAGACAAAAUUAAACAAAAACAUCGAAAGCUGUUUCCAGAGGGUGAAGAAGGCUUGCACAGCUGCCAACAAAGACAAAGAUUUUGAAGACUUCCGCUGCAAAUCCACACUUUUACUGUUGCUGUGCUGCCCGAGUGUGAAGAACCAGCUGGUAGUGAGAUCUUCUAAAGAUUUGCAGCUUGUCAUCUCUUCUGUCCCGACCUUAAAGGAAUCACAUUUUCUCUCUAUUGUAAAGAAUCAGAGGUGUUACAGAUGUCUCAUAUACAUUCUCAGCUUCCUGCCAACUUCAUAUCUUCCGACACUCAUAGAGGAAUAUUUUGCAUCUACGGAUGGAGUAAAACCAGUUACUCUCGCAAUGUCAUUAGAGCUUUUCAUGUCUUACCUACUCAGUUGGCAAUCAAAUUCAUACUUGGAAAAUUGUGAAAGCGAUAUUCUAGAAUGCUUGAAUUUGUUUGUGAAGUUUCUGGCUUCCAAGAAUGUAUCGAGUGACUCAAAAGUGCAGAUAAAAUCAAGUGCCUAUUUCUUCAUGUAUCUCACAAAAUAUCUCUUGUUGAUGCUAAAUGUGUACAUAGGCAAAGAACUGGAAUAUCCAGAAAUCCCAGAAUCAUUAAUCUGUUGGAGAGAUAUGUGGAAAAGAGAGGAGAAGGAGAACAAAUCCCCAAUGAGGAAUAAUCUCUUUACAAAAGAUCUUGUGAUUACAUUCCUUAAGCUUUGUCAGCAGAAAAAUGAAGCAAUUAACAUUGGAAUGUGGAUGGAUUGGAGUGAAAUUAACCUACCAGUAAGUGUCAUUCCUCACAAGGGCUCUACUGUCCAUUCAAACAAGACUGCAGAAAAGAGCAUUCAGUCCGUUAUAUGUAACAUAGCCUUCGAUAUCAUACAGAUCUUUGACUUGCACCCAAAUUUGCAUAAAUCCUGCCAGACCAGUGAGUGUCAAGACUUCCUCCAGUUCAUGAAACAAGUAGCCUGUGACCCCGACUACGACCCAGAUUAUGACCUGGGUUUAGAGCAGCUCUUACAGGAGAUUGAGCUAAGAGAUGAAAGGGAGCAAAAAUUACUUGAGAUCCUCCUGGACAAAGAGGAGAUCUAUUCCUCCCAGAAAUGCAUCGACUCGGUGAAAAAUCACCCCGGGAAAGUAUCCUGCAAGACCCGUAGAGAUGUGCUGGUGAAAUUCAUUGAUUAUGUGAAGUCUGGAAAUGCCGUUAUUGCAGAGUGGCAGGAGUUCAUCUUAAAGUUGGCUGAAGAUAUUCCAUCUGAGGAUCUGUUGCCAAUAAUAGUGGAAAAGUUAGAUUCCGGCCAAAACGAAAUCCUUAAAACCUCAAAUUUUAAUCUUCAAGCAACAGCUGUUUUCAAUCAGCUUGUGGGAGAGAACGCACCAGAGAUGCAAGAGAAACACAUAUGGUUGUGUCUCCAGUCUGGUAAGGAAGUGAUCCAACAAGCUGUCACUUUGCCCAUUAGUUUCCCUGGAUUAGUUCCCGUCAUGGUACGAGCCUUGUCAGCCAUCUCUGAAGUUUGCCAGGCAACUUCACCAUCUGGUAUAUCUGUGCUUGCAAGUGCUCUACAACAAAUACAGACUGCAGGACUUUCUGGAAGGGAGAAGCAAGAUUUUGCUGACCUUGUGAAAGGCUUGAUGAACACAGCAACUUUGCCAGUGGUGGAAUCUCUCCAUAUUCUUAUUGAACCAUAUUUAGGGGUGCAGAGUGAAGAAAAUUUGGAAGGUGUUGCAUUACCAUUAGAAUUACUCAAGAACAUCAUUGACAAUCAUCCAUCAACCAUAAUUCAGCCUGGGAUCAAAUUGGACAGUUUGAUAAUAAGUCUAAUGUGUGUACUGAGCAAUACAGCCCAACUUCUGGGUCCGCAGGCCAGCACUGCCCUUGCAUUACGGCUAGAUGCAGAGCACAUUAUCAGCACCAUAGCCAAAGCUUUGAUAAAAGAUAUGCCUCUCUUUGAGAAAGAUAUUUCAAUCAUCAAACAAGUCACAAGAAACAUGCAGCUCCACCCUCGCAGUUUCCUACCCUUAGUAAAUCUGCUAGAGUGUGAACAAUGCCAGGAAUCCAUUGUCGAUAGAGUUCUUUACAAACUCUAUCACAUGGAGCUGGAAAGUGCAAAGGAAAACCUUCAUCAUGUUGACGGUAGUGAUUUCGAUCUGGAUGUGUCUCAGCCACAGUGGAUCUUAGUGUUAGUCCAGCUUUUGCCUCAUGGUAGUGAAAAUGAGUGGGUUUCUGCAAUGUUCUUGACCCACCAAUUUCUACAGUCAGGACAGAAAGCCUAUCCAACUCUCCGUGUAAUGCGCCAGUUGUUGCAUCUGAUGUGUAUCCAGGGUGUUGGGAGUAGUUUGAACCAAGAAAAUGAGGUAGAUUACGAUGUUUCUUCCCAGCCUUCAAUAGCCAUCCAACAUUGUUUCAAAAGUUUUUCAGUAUCUGCCAUGGUAUACAUACAGGAGCUCCUAAGGAUCCAACCUUACAACAAGAGGUUCAAUCACCUCUGCAACAUCUUCAAAUGGUGGAGCCAAGGCAUUCCUUCGUUCCAGUGCCACCCAGAACUUCCUGCUCUCUUCCUUGCUAAACUUUGCAACACCAUAGAGGAAAUGGUCACAUUAGGGAAGCUCAAGCUUGAAGCGGAUGAAGUCGGAAAUGAUGAUCUACAAAACGGAUGCAUGCGGGAGAGCUUUAAUGGCAGCGAAGAGAAAAGUAUUCCAACGGAAAAAGCUCAGCCUCGUUCACAUCCGUCAACCGAUGUUAUGCAAAGUGACGUAAAUGUCUCCUCUGAGGAAAAUGGUAUGGUAGACAAAGAAAAUCUGCAAAAAGAGGAACUUGCCAGAAAUCCAGUCAGCAAAAAUAAAAAUAGUAUAAGUAGGGCCAGUUUUUAUGUUGAAAUUGAUCACCUAAUAUUUUACUUAGUAGCAUAUGUUCCUACCAGUAAUGUAGCAGCAACAGUUGGAAGCAAACUGAAAAAUUUGGAUGAACUUUAGUUGUCAGACAAAUGUGUAGCAUACAGGAAUUUCUGUUGUUGUCUGUCUGUGACUAUGUUUUCUUCAUUUUUUAUUUCCACAUUUUCUGUUAUUCAGUUUUCAUUAUUCAUUUCAUCUGUGCUGUCUGGUGCAGUCUUAAUGUUAAUCUUGACAACCAGGCUCCUAUCUCAUACUGAUGAGAUAGGAAGGAUGCUGAUGGUAUCCCCAGCUAUUCCAUGCACACAGGAUAAUUAUAGAACUACAGUUCAAUUAAAGUGACAUGAGCCUUGUCCCCAGAUCCUGAAUUAUCAUUAUUAUUACUGUUAAUGAUCUUUAGGCAGCUUGUUUGAUAAGGAGUCCAAGCUACAUGAUCUGAACAAAACAUCAACUGAAAAAAGUACAGUUUAACUCAAAGUCUCCAGGAAAAUGUUGUGUUCACUGCAGUAUUCUUUAUGAAAUAUCUCUGUGCAUAGAUAGCUCUGCAAGUGCUUAGCCACAAAGGAGUCAAUUAGUAGAUCUUGUGACCUCAUCUGAUUUCACCUUGCCUUGAAUUUUGGGGAAAUAUGCUAUCAAUAUAGAUGCUGUUAUUUUUAUGAUAGGCAUUAUAGUUAUUAUAGUGUUAUUGACAUUACCAACAGCAGUAUUAGAUACGACAGAAUAUUUUCUAAAAUCAAGGAAAAGGGUGAGAUAGGUAGUACUUAUAUUUGGUUCAUUGGUUACUUAGUACCUGUGGAGCCAUCUAUGUGUAAAAACAAUUGGUAAAUUAAACUCACUGUGGCGUGGCAUGUAUGUACAUGCCAUCCCCGGUGGCUUUGGGUUAAGAUGUAUAAGAAAUUGUUUUCAACAUUAUCAUGAAGUAGCUUGGAAAAUUGGUAAUAUACUCAAAGUUAAGUUAGCCGUACGCUCAUAGCGUUAUUAUUCAGUGAUCUGUCUGUGGCUGUGUAUGAGAAUUUUUGAAUUGGUUACAGAAGAGUGCUGGUCUUCCACUCUCUUAGGAAGUAUAAAAUUUCUACAGCUACUUUAUUUUUAUAAAAUAGAGUGAAUCAUUGUGUGGGAUUUUUCCUGGCAUCUGAAGGAGUAGCUUCCCAUGGAAAUGAAAAGCCAAAAGGAAAAAAAAGA